GACCAUGCCUUCCGCCUGCUGAAGCCGGGGGGCGUCCUGACCUACUGCAACCUCACGUCCUGGGGCGAGCUGCUGAGGUCCAAGUACUCGGACAUCACCACCAUGUUUGAGGAGACGCAGGUGCCCGCGUUGCUGGAGGCCGGCUUCCGCCGGGAGAACAUCCGCGUGGAGGUCAUGGCCCUGGUGCCCCCGGCCGACUGCCGCUACUACGCCUUCCCGCAGAUGGUCACGCCCGUGGUCACCAAGCACUGAGCCACCCUGACCCGACGGCUGCCCCGGGUCCUGGGGCGGAAUAAAUGCUGAGCGGUUGGCGCA